AUGUUGCCUAGAACCCCGCUAUUUCAGGCCGCCAAGACGUUUACCAGCAAGCCGCGAGGCGCGCGCAAGCCUGCGAUUCCGCUGAUUGCGCCGCUGCCUCUCUACCGACAGCUGCUGAGAGCGCACCGAAAACAUCUUGACCCGGAUCGACGGUCGCUCGGAGACAUGUACAUCAAGAGCGAGUUCCGGCUACACAAGGACAUCCAGGACCCGCUGCAGAUUGUGGGGUUUCUGUCGCAGUGGCAAAAGUAUCUGGAGAUGAUCAAGGGCGACACUUGGAGACAGGAGAAGCUGGAUUUGUCCGUGUUGCAGAAAAUGUCUGACGAGCAGAUUGUGCAAUUGUACGAGCUCAUGCAGGCUGCUCAGGACGAAAAGUCCGAGUACGGAGUCUUUGAUGAUUUGACCGACAAGAGGUAG